AUGGCCCUCCCUCCGGGCCCUGCAGAGGGCAGCCAGGCCUCGGGGCAGCCCAGCCCGGCCGCAGGCACCCCGGGGCCCAGCCAAGGCCCCGCCAGCCCGGCCGCUACCAGACGCGCGCGACUCCGGGCACUGGAGGCCGAGGUCCAGGCGGCCUAUGGGCAGGACCGGGAGCUGCGGCCAGAGGAGAUUGAAGAGCUGCAGACGGCCUUCCAGGAGUUUGACCGAGACCAGGACGGCUACAUCGGCUACCAGGAACUGGGCGCCUGCAUGCGGACGCUGGGCUACAUGCCCACGGAGAUGGAGCUCAUCGAGAUUUCCCAGCAAAUCAGUGGCGGCAAGGUGGACUUCGAAGACUUCGUGGAGCUCAUGGGCCCCAAGCUGCUGGCUGAGACGGCCAACAUGAUCGGGGUCCGGGAACUGCGCGACGCCUUCCGGGAGUUCGACACCAACGGCGACGGCCGCAUCAGCUUCGGGGAGCUGCGGGUGGGACUCAAGGGCCUCCUGGGGGAGCGGCUGAGCCAGCGGGAGGCGGACGAGAUUCUCCGGGACAUGGACCUCAACGGGGACGGCCUGGUGGACUUUGAAGAGUUUGUGCGAAUGAUGUCUCGCUAG